AUGUGGGAAGCAGAGUUCCUGGUCUUGCUGCUUCUGCAACUGCUGUGGGUGGCUCCAGUGGAGGCUUCAGGGCCGGGGACAAAGGUCCAGGUGCUGUGGGCCCAGGAAGGGGCUCCAGUCCAGCUUCCCUGCAUCCCCAAAAUCCCUCUGGAGGAUCUUAGCCUUCUUCGAAAUGCAGCGGUCACUUGGCAACAUCAACCAGACAGCGGUCCGCCAGGCCCAGCCCUCAGCCGCCCCCCGGCCUUCCUCCUGCGUCCCCGGAUGCCCUAUCCCCCAGGGCCCGCACCCCGCCGCUACACGGUGCUGAGUGUGGACCCGGGUGGUCUUCGCAGUGGGAGGCAGCCGCUGCAGCCCCGCGUGCAGCUGGUGGAACGAGACCUCCAACGCGGGGUCUUCUCCCUGUGGCUGCGCCCAGCCCAGCGUACCGACGCCGGCGAGUACAGCGCCACCGUGCGCCUCAAAGACCGCGCCCUUGCCUGCCGCCUCCGUCUGCGUGUGGGUCAGGCCUCGAUGAUUUCCAGGCCCCCAGGACCUCUCAGGACCUUGGAGUCGGUCAUUUUGAAAUGUGCCUUCAGCCGCCCUGACCUGCCAGUUUCUGUGCACUGGUUCCGGGGCCAGGCUCAGGUCCCUGUCCAGAUGUCCUUCCAGCACCACUUUGACGGAAGCUUACUCUUCCUGCCUCAAGUCAGCCCCUCAGAUUCUGGGCUAUGGAGCUGCAUCCUCACCUACAGAGAUGGCUUCAAUGUCUCCAUCAUGUACAACUUAACCGUUCUGGGUCUGGAGCCAGCAGCCCCACUGACCAUAUAUGCUGGAGCAGGUUCCAGGGUGGAGCUGCCCUGCCACCUGCCUCUUGUUAUGGGUGCACACACUUUACUCACUGCCAGGUGGUCCCCUCCUGGGGGAGGCCCUGACCUCCAGGUGGUUGGAGACAAUGGCAAUUUUACCCUUUGGCUAGAGGCUAUAAGCCAGGCCCAGGCUGGGACCUACACCUGCUACAUCCAUCUGCAGGGGCAGCAGCUCCAUGCCACUGUCACUUUGGCAGUCAUCACAGUAACUCCUAAAUCCUUUGGGUUACCUGGCUCCUCAGAGAAGCUGCUUUGUGAGGUGACUCCCACGUCUGGACAAGAGCUUUUUGUGUGGAGACCCCUGAACAACCAGUCUUGGCGGAGCUCCCCAGGGCCCUGGCUGGAGAUGCAGGAGGCCAAACUCCUUUCCCAACCCUGGCAGUGCCAGCUGUACCAAGGGAAGAAACUUCUUGGAUCAGUGUUAUACUUCACAGAGCUGUAUGGCCCAGGUGCCUGGCACUCUGGGGGAAUCUCAGGUACCACCAGAACAGGCGGAUUCUCUCUCCUUUUCAUCCUGAGUAUCUUCUUGCUGCUUCUCAUUGUGACUGGAGCCUUUGGCUUCCACCUUAGGAGAAGACUGUGGCGACCAAGAAGAUUUUCUGCUCUAGAGAACGGGCUUCACCUUCCCCAGGCUCAGAGCAAAACAGAGGAGCUGGAGCAAGAACUGGAGAUGGAACCAGAGCAAGAACUAGAGCUAGAACCGGAGCAAGAACUGGAGCUGGAGCCAGAGCCAGAGCAACCCUGA